UGCUAGGAGACGAGAGAUGCUGCGAAAGCAGUGGAGCGUGUGGCGCCAUAGGGGUUUACUACCACAAAUUCAUGAGGACGACGUGAAAAAGCCAACAGGAGGAGACGACAGAUCAGACGUGGUCGAGGAUCUUAGAACAAGAGAGAGUAGACAAGAUCCAGAUCUAGAUCAAGACGCUUCCACAUCAUCUUCUUCAUCGAGAACAUCUUCUUCUUCGACGAUUUCCACCAAGAACAAGAACGCCAUCCGUGAGUUUCUCGACGUUUGUGUCGCUUAUGUUCGCACGCAUCGGCCGCAAGAAUACUAUACACACCAACAAGGCUUUGAGGCAUUGCUAGCUGAGGCAAAUGACAAAGGACUUCCGGUUUCUAUUUCUGCUCUGAAAAAGCUUCGUAGCCCCGACGACUGGAACUAUUUUGGUUAUCCUGCCUUACAUCAGGGUCUAGUCCGUGGCUCCGAUAGCUGGAAACCUCACCUGCGAGAAAGUUAUAGGCGUUAUUGCUUGUCGCGGAUGUUUGGGGUAAGGAUUGCGAGUCCACAACAUCCAUGGGCGUCGCAAGUUUUUCCUAAGAGCUUAACUUCCACUACGACAAAGGACGAACUUGAACGAGAAGGAGAACAACGAGAUCUCGAUGAUUUUGCUGCGCACCAUCACGCGAAGCAACGAAAGCGGCAACAGGGCUUCAUAUUUGGUUUUUUCACAGAAGGCGAGGCAAUCACAGAGUCAUUGCGAGAUAUGGUGAUGGGACAGCGGGAAUUCGUCGACGAUCCGGUGGGUGUGGGAAAGCCAGAUUGGUCCUCUCCUGUAAAUGCGGUGGGAAAACCAGAGCAGUGGUCCUCAUCUUCUGGAGUUGCUGCAAGUAGUAGAUCCAGAAUGCUAGUACCUCGCCUACCAUUCUCAGCAUUAGGUAGUGCGGAUUUGAUGCUUGUGUUUCGUCAGUUGCGAUUCGUGCUGGUCCUGUGGCCUGAAGUACAGCUAGCCUUGGUCCGUUUGCUAUUCGUAAAAUGGUCCAGUCAGUACGUGAGGGAGCAAAAUUAUGUUGAAGCCGCCAAAGUAGAUCGGCGCCAAAAAAAAACACAUACUUCUCGUCCCAUAGCAGAAGUUGACACCAAGUUGGAAGCAAUCAAAGGGGACCAUGAUGUAGCCGAAUUCUUCGAGUCCCUGUUUCCAGAAGUAAGAAAACAUCGGGGAGAGGAACUGCUACUCCUAGCGAAACUUGUUGUAAGGGAUGCAUUGUCAGUGUUGCUAUGGAUUGAAAGGCCUUGGGAAUUUCAUGCAGAACUACAGACCGCUCCUCAGGAGCUUAGGCGGUUGAUGAAGAUUGAGAAAGAUGCAAAAGGAGCUUUCAUCUCUACAAGAAGUGGUAGCCAGAACAAACUCUCCUGUGGUGGACAAGAAGAGCGGUUGAGAGCUUUCGCUACUGGUAGCCAGCAACCCUCCUGUGGUGGACUUGGACAAGAGGAGAUUCCUACUAUAUUAAGCGAGAAGAUAAGCGACGGGGACGAGGAUGCUCCGGGUUUCUACACAACACUGUUAUCGGAAAGUGAUUACCGCAGAGCGGUUGUAGAAUUUGGGUAUGCAAGAACAGGAACAGAUGAACAUUUCGAUAAGCAUGUGGGCAGCUUGUGGUUUUCUGUUGCUGCGGCAGUGUUAGUUUGGGGCACGUCACACGUCCUAGAAACAAACCGCGUCUUCGCUGAGAGGUCCUGGAAAUUCCAAGAUCUAAUGCAGUCUAGGUGGAUUGACUUUUUCUUGCCAGACUUCAUAGGACAGGAUGUAACAGCUGCGAGCAACAUCACGUAUACUGAAAAACGGACUUACCCGGUAAUAGAUUUCGCGGCAAUCGUUAGGGGUCGUGACGACGAGGGGUCUGCAACUGGUGAUAUCACAUUCACAACGACUGAUGAUAUAGAUAUUACUAGUAGAAAACAACGAGGUCGCUUCAGUCUCGGUGUUCCACCAGCUUUCAAAGGGUAUUUGCCUAGAUAUACCCGAUUGAUGAAGUUGAUAGCACAAGGGGUGCACGAUGGGACGUAUGUGCCUCUGGUUACUGACGCAGGAGAGGACGAAAAAAACGGUAGUUCACAACUGUGGACAACUACAUUAGCAUCGUCCUCUACUCCUUCCCCUUCAUCUUCUAAAAGAAGAAGCACAGUUUCUACUUCUCCUUCUUCUAGUACCAAGACCACCACCAUCAGAAGUUCUAGGUUUCCCUUACCAGUAUAUUCCGAGUUUCAUCGGAGUCGUGUGGAGCAGUGGUUCGAUGUCCG